AUGGCUGUGGCCUCCGCCGCCCCAGGGAGCAUCUUCUGUAAGCAGCUCCUUUUCUCUCUCCUGGUUCUAAUACUAUUUUGCGAUGCUUGUCAGAAAAUUUCUCUUCGAGUUCCUUCUCAUCUUCAGGCUGAAACACUUGUAGGCAGAGUGAAUCUGGAGGAGUGUCUCAAGUCAGCCAGCCUAAUCCUGUCCAGUGACCCUGCCUUCAGAAUUCUAGAAGAUGGCUCAAUUUACACAACACAUGAGCUCAUUUUGUCUUCUGAAAGGAAGAGGUUUUCCAUUUUUCUCUCAGACAGUCAGAGACAGGAACAAAAAGAGAUACAAGUUGUACUGUCAGCAAGAGACAACAAGGCUCCUAAGAAGAGACAUACCAAAGACACAGCCCUCAAGCGCAGCAAGAGGCGAUGGGCUCCUAUUCCAUGUUCACUGAUGGAGAACUCACUGGGGCCAUUUCCACAACACAUUCAGCAGCUCUAUGGCUAUGCAACCACCGCAGAUGGUUAUGCACCAGAGUAUCCACUCCCCUUUUUAAUCAAAGUCGAAGAUGAUAAUGAUAAUGCCCCAUAUUUUGAAAACAAAGUGACCAUUUUUAAUGUGCCUGAAAAUUGCCGAUCUGGAACUUCAGUUGGACAAGUGACUGCCAUAGACCUCGAUGAACCUGACACUCUACAUACUCGCCUGAAAUAUAAAAUCUUGCAGCAAAUCCCAGAUCAUCCAAAGCAUUUCUCCAUACAUCCAGAUACAGGUGUCAUCACCACAGCUACACCUUUCCUGGAUAGAGAAAAAUGUGAUACCUACCAGCUAAUAAUGGAAGUACGAGACAUGGGGGGCCAACCUUUUGGUUUAUUUAAUACAGGAACAAUUACCAUUUCACUUGCGGAUGAAAAUGACAAUGCACCGUAUUUCACAGAAACUUCUCCAUUGAACUAUGAAGUCAAUCGCCAAGUUGUUUUACAAAUUGGUGUACUUAACGAAGCACAAUUCUCUAAAGCAGCAAACUCACAAACUCCUACAAUGUGCACUACAACUGUCACUGUUAAAAUUAAAGACAGGGACGAGGGCCCUGAAUGCAAUCCACCAGUAAAAGUUAUUCAGAGUAGAGAUGGCAUCCCGGCUGGCCAACAACUCCUUGGAUACAAAGCGCUAGACCCAGAAUCACGCAAUGGGGAAGGCUUAAGGUAUCAGAAGUUCAAUGACGUAGAUAACUGGUUUGAAAUUAACGAACAUACUGGCGACUUGAGAACUCUAAAAGUAUUAGACAGAGAAUCAAAAUUUGUAAAAAACAACCAAUACAAUGUUUCAGUCGUUGCAAUGGAUGCAGUUGGCCGAUCUUGCACUGGAACAUUAGUAGUUCAUUUGGAAGAUACUAAUGAUCACCCACCACAAAUUGAAAAAGAAGUGACCAUUUGCCAGCAAGAUAAGGAUUUUGCUGUUCUGGAACCUGUAGAUCUAGAUGGGCCUGAAAAUGGCCCACCUUUUCAAUUCCUUCUGGAUAAUUCUGCCAGGAAACUAUGGACUCUAGAAGAAAAGGACGGUAAAACUGCCACUCUUCAUCAACGGCAAAAUCUUGAUUAUGACUAUUAUCAUGUGCCCAUCCAAAUAAAAGACAGACAUGGUUUAGCUGCAAAACAUGAGUUAACAGUGAGAGUAUGUGACUGUACAACUCCAUCUGAGUGUAGAAUGACUGGUAAACGUGAGAGAGAUGUUCAACUAUCCAAUGUAAUACUUGGAAGAUGGGCUAUUCUUGCCAUGGUGUUGGGUUCUGCAUUGCUGUUAUGUAUUCUGUUUACAUGUUUCUGUGUUACCGCUAAGAGAACAGUAAAGAAAUGUUUUCCAGAAGAUGUAGCCCAGCAAAAUUUAAUUGUAUCAAACACUGAAGGACCCGGAGAAGAAGUGAUGGAAGCAAAUAUUAGACUCCCCAUGCAGACGUCUAACAUUUGUGAUACAAGCAUGUCUGUCGGUACUCUUGGUGGCCAGGGAAUCAAAACACAGCAAAGUUUUGAGAUGGUCAAAGGAGGUGGACAUCAGACCUUGGAGUCCGUCAAGGGAGCAGGGCAGGGAGUAACGGAAGCUGGCAGAUUCGCAUACACGGACUGGCAGAGUUUCACUCAGCCUCGGCUUGGCGAAGUAAGUUCCAUCGUCUUCAAACUCACAUUACGUGAAAGUUAA